AUGCAAAGAUUCUUCUCCACUUCUGCCAAGCGUUGCUUCCAAAAGGAUACUAUUACUUCUUUCAUGAAGCCAUCUAUUCCAAAACAAGCAUCCCACAAGAUGAAGGCCACUCAAGCAUCUCCAUCCAAAUGGAAUCCAACCAAUGGUAACUCAUUCAGAUCAUUUGCUGAAUACAGAUUAAAGGCCACUAAUCAAUCUCCAUUAGGAGUUAGAGCAAGAUUACCAAACUUAUACUCAUCCCAACACCACAUCUAA